AUGUAUCAUUCUCACCACCAAGGAAAGAGCGUGCAUCCUACAUCAAGAAUGUCCAUUCCUUCUGAAAGGCACUUAUUCCUUCAAGGUGCAAAUGGAACUGGAGAUUCGGGACUCGUACUUUCCACUGAUGCUAAGCCAAGACUAAAAUGGACUCCUGACCUCCAUCGGCGCUUCAUGGAAGCAGUUAAUCAACUAGGUGGAGCAGACAAAGCUACUCCAAAAUCAGUGCUGAAACUUAUGGGCAUUCCAGGUUUAACCUUGUACCACUUAAAGAGUCACCUUCAGAAAUACAGGCUUAGCAAGAACCUCCAUGGACAGGCUAACAGUGGGAGCAAUAAAGCAGUCACAGGAGAAAGAAUGUCCGAGACAUAUGGAACUCACAUGAGUAAUCCAAGCAUGGUAGCCCAGACAAAUAAAAAUUUACACUUGAGCGAAGCAUUGCAAAUGCAAAUUGAAGUGCAAAGAAGGCUACAUGAGCAGCUGGAGGUACAGCGCCAUUUACAGCUACGAAUUGAGGCCCAAGGGAUGAAAGAAGUGUCGGAUUUAUGCCUACAGCAAAUAAAAACAACUCAGCCAACGGAUUGUUCAACAGAGAGCUGCUUAACCUCCAGUGAAGGUUCUCUCAGGGACCAAGAAUUGUACAACAACCAAAUAGGAUUGAAAACUUUGAAUUUUCGAGAACCUACAGAGUCGAGGAAUACUGACAAUGUACUCAAGGUGCAGAAGACUGAACUCAAACUGUGCGAAGACCUGAAAGAAAGCAGCAGAUUUCUUUGCACAACAAAUGACAAUGUAGAAAAAGCAUUAGCUACAGAAGAGAACUACAGAAUUUUAUCUAUGGCAAUUGGACCUCAGAGAGGACCAUGGAAUGGCAGCAGUAGCCGUUCAGAGGAAAGAUUUAGAGAAGCUGAAGCAGCUGCUAAAUAUUUAGACCGAGAUGCUCAUAGAUCAGAGAAGCAGAAGACAAAACUACCUUACUUUACAACAGAACUGGAUCUAAACAUAGAUGACAAAAUUGAUCCAGCUUCAAGUUGCGAGCAAUUUGAUUUGAAUGGCUUCAGCUGGGGCUGA